AUGCCGACUCUGCUUCACGUGCUAACAAGGCCGAAUGUUGAUGUCGACAGCAGUCUCGUCCCCCCGGGGGGUAACACGACAAUCGACGCGGCCAUCGUGCCCGAGAAUUGGCGGCCCUGGCGCGGCUUCGACUACGUCACCCUAAUGGGAAUCUUCCGGCGGGACCUCGAUAAGGAAUAUCGGGGCUCAGCAAAACACGAGCCGUUACCAGAAGACCUUCACAUUUCCAACGAGGAGACCAUGGAGGACCUUCUACGGAGGUUUGAAACCCCUAUAGUGAACUACUGUCUGAAUGGGCGGGAGGGUGAUCCGCACUUUGGUCGAGGAAGCCGAUGUGGGAAAGCGUACAAGCCAGACUGGUCUGUAGUUUCGCCUCUUCGCCUGGACGAAAGUGACAAUUUCAUGAACGUCCUCCCCGGAGACACCAAGCUCCACACGAAAUGGUGGCCUGCAAUGAAGACGAAUGGUGGCAAUCGCUUCCUUGAGUGGCAAAAGGGUGUUUCCCAGGCCGUCACUUACAUGGCUUAUCACAGCUCCCGAUACGGCUUCAUUAUCACGGACGGGUGCCUCGUCGCCCUCAGGCUCACUCGUAAGCCUACCUCGCCGGGCUUGGCUGCGGGGCGUUUCCCGCGAGCGACUGUUCGCCACGUCCGGUACUCGUCCGACCUUUCAAUGGGGGGAAACGACUCGGGAUACCAGGACACCAACCCGAUGCACUGGGAGUACGAGGACCCGGAAUACUAUGUCGUCCCUUGGGGCGCGCACGGGUCGGGCAGGCUCACCAUCAAGCUAACCCUCUGGUUCAUGGCCAUGAUGGCCACGAAUGGCGACAACUUCCUCGACUACUCGUACCCGGACCUCAAUAGCUGGCGCCGCGGCGAGAAGGGCUACGUCCACAACACGUCGGGCGUCGAGAGUCUCAAGCUAUCCAGGGGCGACCAGGCCCAGGAGCCCAAUCCUGAACAAAAAGGAUGGGAAUUGGAAGGUAUAUCCGGGGCUGGUGGGCUAAGCGGAGCCGGGGAAAAGGGCGAAGAAGCUUCUUGGGUCCGCCCAACUGGCGAGAGCGAGGAGGACUUACCCGUCUUCAGUCAGACAGGCGACGCUUCUGGCACUGGCUAUCUUCCAGGAGACGCUAGCAACGAUGAAGAGGAAGAAGAGAAAGCAGUUGAAGCAAACGACGACGACGACGACGGUGGUGAGGAAGAGAAGGAAGAGGGGGGGGGUUCCUCUAGCCCCCAGAAGAAGUCCAUAGAGGUCAUUAUCCAAAAGACGAAAGGCGGCAAGGGUUUCUACUUCCUGGACGCCAAGAAGCAAAAGAAGAAGACAUCCAAGAAGGAGUGGGCACAGAUCGAGGGCUGGUGGAUGCUUUCGGGCAAGAGGCACGUCUACUUUACCAAGAAGUUUCCUUAA